AUGGGCCCCCCGGGCAAUAUGGGAUCAUGGGGACCCUGUGUCCUUGCUUAAACUCAAAAAGCCUAUGAAAAAGGUACCAGGGGCAUCUCAUGGGGCCCCCUACAGACCCCGGGCCCUCAGGCAGAACACACAGCAACUGUAGAUGGUCCCAUAUGCAAAGAGCCUUACACCUUACCAGGGGCGGACUGACAACUCAUGGGGCCCCCGGGCAAUAGGGGAUCAUGGGGCCCCUGUGUCCUUGCCCAAACUCAAAAAAGGCUAUGGAAAAGGUACCAGGGGCUUCUCAUGGGGCCCCCUACUGACCCCGGGCCCUCGGGCAGUGCCCAAGUUUCCAAAUGGUCAGUCCGCCCCUGCA